UGAACAAUGACUUUUGACAAGUAAACAAAACCGAAUGUUAAUUUCGAGAACUUCGAUUAGUGAAAAAAACACCGAAAAACAUGACGUCGGAAGAAAGUGGAAAGAUUCUACAGUUUUUGCCAUUUAGCUCUGUUGUAUCAAGUUCGUUCUGGCACAAACUAACGCAGAUGAAAAUUGAUGUUUAUGCUUUGAGUGAUGAACCAGUGGAUAUUACCGGCUACUAUACCAAUCAGUCUGCAUCAUCGAGACUUCCAGCUUGUUUAAACGUUGAUUACUCAUCCUUCGAAAACCACCAUGAAUCUGUAGUGGGAAGCAAUGGGAUUCUCUGUCAAGGACUUCUGCAAAAUACAAACACCCUUGAGGCUUUUAAAGAUAUCAACAAACAAGCAGCCAUUAAUAAAUGUGGCGAACAAAUCUGGAGUGAUAUAUUGAGUGGAGCAGCCCUAUUGAAUCCUAGUCUUCUUUCCCGUUUUCUACUGCUAACAUUUGCGGACCUUAAAAAGUAUCAAUUUUACUAUUGGUUUGCCUUUCCUACCUUGGUAUUUCCUUCCAAAAUCAUCUUAAAUGAAGAACCAAAAGAAUUGGACAAAAUAUUAUCAAAAGAUGAGUUACAUCAGUUACAGCAAGCUUAUGAUCAGUACAAAGCCACUUGUGGCCAGAGUGCCUUUCUGGUGGAGAAGAAUCCUGAGCUGGGUUUUAAAUGCUAUCCAUUGAAAGAAUUGGCUAAUCUUAGAGAUACGACGUGGGUUGUAUUCUGCGAUCCGUCGUCCUUGCCUACUAAUCCUGGGUGGCCAUUACGGAAUCUUCUAGCUUUGAUAGCCUAUCACUACAAAGAACGUCUUGCUGGCCUUUCCGUUCUGUGCUGGCGAGAUGAGGUGCGUGACGGCCAACGUCGAAUUGCCUCCAGUCUCUUAAUAGAAAUCAAAGAUGUCGUCUAUCCAACUGAGAAUGAAGCGAAUCCAAAAUGUCUUGGUUGGGAGAAGAAUGAACGCGGUAAACUCGGAGCUCGUAUGGUAAACCUCAGCAAUUCCAUGGACCCAGAACGCCUUGCGGAAUCGGCGGUUGAUCUCAAUCUAAAAUUGAUGAAAUGGCGUUUAUUGCCCGAGUUGAAUCUGGAUUCUAUCCAAAACACCAAAUGCUUACUUCUCGGCGCCGGAACCCUGGGCUGUUAUGUUGCCAGGACGUUGAUGGCAUGGGGAGUCCGACAUAUCACAUUUAUCGAUAACGGUCGAGUCUCUUAUUCUAAUCCAGUUCGCCAAUCACUUUACACAUUCAAAGACUGCCUAAACGGAGGUCACGCCAAAGCAGAGAGCGCUGCUAAUUCGUUGCGUGAAAUCUUCCCAGGAAUGAUCAGCCGAGGGAUCGACUUGCGCAUUCCAAUGCCGGGCCAUUACGUCACAGAUGCUGAGGAAGUCGAAAAGGACGUCAAGCAGUUGGCGGAUGCUAUCGAAGAGCACGACGUCGUUUUCCUAUUGACGGACACGCGAGAAAGUCGUUGGCUUCCCACCAUGUUGUCUGCUUAUCGCGGAAAGCUGGCCAUCAACGCCGCCUUGGGCUUCGACACAUACUUGGUGAUGCGUCAUGGACAAAGAGAGCCGUGGAAUCCCGGUCAAGUUCAAGUGGAAAAAUCGAAAGGCGUCAUGCGGGGAGCCCUGGCCGGUCGUCAGCUGGGUUGUUAUUUCUGCAAUGACGUUGUCGCCCCUGGGGAUUCGACCAAAGAUCGAACUCUAGAUCAACAAUGUACAGUCACGCGACCCGGAAUUUCUCUUAUCGCCUCCGGUCUGGCCGUCGAAUUGAUGGUCUCUGUUCUCCAGCAUCCUGAAGGGGGUAACGCAUCUGCUGAGAUCUCAACUGCCGCCAUGACAACCGUCCAGCAGCACCAACAGGAGCCGGACAACAAAGAAAUUAGUGGCAGUCCAUUGGGCGUUGUGCCUCACUCUAUCCGAGGUUUUCUUCACAGACAUCAGCAAGUGCUUCCGGCCACAGAAGCAUUUUACAAUUGCACUGCGUGUUCACCUCUCGUUAUAAAACGCUACGCUGAAGAAGGAUACGCCUUCCUAUCGGAAGUUUUUAAUAAUCCAGAUUGCUUGGAACAAGUGUCGGGAUUAGCGGAUCUUCAUAAGGAUAUAGCAUCCAUCGAGGACUGGGAUUAUCCGGAGGAGUCAGAGGAAUCGAACGACUAGAAAAAUAAAAAUCAAAGAUUAAAACAGUAUGAAAUUAUUCACACAUUGUAUUCCUCGCUAGAACUGAAUGUCAUCACAAUGUCGUAACGAGAUGUCCAGAAAAAAAGUCUCUAUCGAAAAUUAAAUCGAAAUUACAAGCCAUAAAAAAGAUAA